GAUUCUGUAAACCAGUCGAGCCACCAACCGGGCGUUCCAACCCAGUGACCACGCGCAUCUCCGUGACAGUCGUCACCGAUAUGAACGUACCGUGGUUUAGUUCGCAAGUCAGGAAGGCCGACACAGACGCCGUUUGAACAAUAUGACCAGUGGAUGAUGGUCAGUGCUUGACCUUUGAAAGCCUGUCAAGCGAGUGGCCGAGGACCAGCGAAGGAUGUCCCAUGGAUGUUACCGGCUGUUUGCUUUACGUGUGUCUGCGAGUGUUGCGCGCCACCCACCUCCUUUUACCAGCAGUUUACAGUUCAGGACGCUGUAACACGGUGUUCAAGUGUCUUCUGCCAUUAUUGAUUUAUUCCCUUACAACGUCGACAACAGCCGCUGAUACGCACAACCAUGUACAUCAAGGUCAUGUCGACCACGAACACCCCCACGUCCACCACAACCCAGUGUUCGAGUUCGCGCAGGGACGGCGUCGACAACAACCCCCUGCGUCGCCGGCCACGAGCUCGGACGAGUUGACCAACAUGUACAACCGGCUCAAAGCGUUCCACCAAGGCGUCCACCCACGGACCGACACGAAGUCUGGCGGACUCCGAAUCAACUGGAGUAAAGACAUGUUCUUCCUCCUGUUCGGGCGACAGAUGUACGCCGAGCCGUUCGGGGUGCGCCGGUCACCACACCCCAGCACGGGCUCUCCGUGGCCGCUGCCGAAGAGGUACGCCCGGAACGAUAAGAUGAUAUAUCGAAUAGACGAAGACCAUUUUGAAAUUAGGACCGACUCUGCCGGAUGUGACGUAAUGGAGGAAGCUGUCGUUAGAUACACCAAACGCAUUGUGCUCAAUUCGCUGGAGGAUCUGUAUGAUAAUUUGCAGAAUGCAGAAGCCACCACCUUGAACGACCCGCGAGGAAAAUACUCCACGGAUUUGUAUGUGAAUGCGCCCGUUAUAUCGGCCCUGAAUGUGUAUAUUAAGAAACCGUGUAAAGACGUCACGUAUCCUUCAAUCACCUCAGAUGAAUCAUAUCACAUUAUCAUUAAGUCCAACCAGACGGUUCUGGAAGCGAACGAGGUGUGGGGAGCUCUGCGUGGUCUGGAGACCUUCAGCCAGCUGGUGUGGAAAGGCACAGAUCAGAAGCUGUACGUGAUGGAGACGAUUGUGAUAGACAAACCACGGUUUCCACACCGAGGAAUUAUGAUCGACACGGCGCGGCACUACAUCUUUAAAGAAGUUCUAUUUGACGUCAUGGAUGGGAUGGAAAUGAAUAAAAUGAAUGUGCUUCAUUGGCAUAUAGUGGACGACCAAUCGUUUCCGUUCCAGAGCAAGACAUUCCCAGAACUAAGCAAGAAGGGCGCCUAUCAUGCAACCUAUGUGUACAGCCAUGAAGACAUAGGGUAUAUCAUUGAAUACGGGAGACUACGAGGAAUUAGAGUAAUUCCGGAAUUUGAUGUUCCAGGUCACACCUAUGCCUGGGGUCUCUCUCAACCUGGUCUGCUGUCUCACUGUUCGAAUCCCGUCAUGCCUCAGCCUGGUUAUAUGGGACCGAUGGACGCCAGUAAGGAUGAGACCUACACAUUCCUCAAGUCAUUCUUCAAAGAAGUUCUGUCUGUGUUCAAGGACCAGUUCAUACACAUUGGAGGAGACGAAGUGCCCGUCGAGUGCUGGAAUUCGAAUCCGACGAUCAUGAAAGAAGGAGAGAAGCUGUACAGAAAAUGGAAAGGGGACAAACAAUCAACAUCGAGUAACAUGAUGGAUCAGAAUGUCAUCCGUGUGCAGCAGUCAGGGUACAACUCGAACAAUAUGAUGCAGGCCAGACCUAUGACUAACCAGAUGCCAUUCGGGUCACACCAACUGUGGGACUACUUUCAGAAUAGGUUUAUGGGAGAUUUAGAUGGAAUGAAAAAGGAUCGGCCUGCUGGACUGAAAUACAUGAUGUGGCAGGAAGCAGCAAUGAAAACAGAUAUUAAGAAAUUUGUAAAUGAUACUGUUGUCAUAAUCUGGCUUGGUAAUGCCCAGCUUCUGCGGGAAGCAAUCUACAAAGGUUACAAAGUCUUGUACACGUCCUGCUGGUACCUCGAUAACAUAUCGCCAGGCCCUGACUGGCAGAAGUACUACAAAUGUGAUCCUGCUUUUCCAGGACAAGGUGUUGAUGAAACUAAAGUGCUUGGUGGAGAGGCAUGUCUGUGGGCGGAGUAUAUAACCAACGAGAACUUAAUGGUGCUACUAUGGCCUCGCGCGUCGGCUGCUGCUGAACGACUGUGGAGUACACGAGACACGCAGAAUAUCGAGGAAGCGGCGCCCAGGCUCCAUGAACAACGAUGCAGAAUGCUGAGCCGUGGCUUGGCAGUGAACCACGCUAAUGGGCCUGAUUAUUGUUUACGAGAUGGCCGAGUCAAGGGAGCACGGCCGAGAGACAAUCUGGGUCGAGUCAUCACCGUCACACACAGAGUUAAUACUCCCUUGAUGUUUGAACCUGAAUCAACGAAAAGACCAAGACCUUUUAUCCAGGGAGAGAGUGUCUUUCAGGAGAUGAUAAUAAUCAUCCAAGUGAUUAUCAUUCUGAUUCUGCUGUUAGUCGUCUGCAGGAACAAGAGCUACACAGACCACGUGCUCAAGACGUUUCGGUUACGUGGGUCACGGAAGAUCCUCAUCGUGUUCAUUAGCAUCUGCGGACUGUGCAGCAUCUUUUAUAUGCGCAUGUGGUCGUUUCAGUUCUCCAAUCCAUAACAGUUACUUCGUGACGUCACGCAUUCAAGAAUAUCUGCAUUUUGUGUGCUUUUGUUGUGAUCUGUUGCUGGUUUUGUAGAGGAGGGGGGGGGGGAUUUUUUAAAAAUUAUUUAUUUUUGUUUUAUUGGGGCUUUUGCUGGGGGGGGGGGUUGGGGUGGGUGGGGGGAUUUGGGGUAAAUCUUUUUUUUUCUUUUUUUCGGUUUUCUGGUCUUUUGGUGGGUUUGGAUUUUGUUUUUCAUUAUUGGUAUUUUUUCUAGGCAAGAAGGGAUUUUACUGUGCGUGUGUACAUGCAUGCGUAGGUGUGUGUGUGUGUGUGUGUGUGUGUGUGAGUGUGUGUGUGUGUGUGUGUGUGUGUGUGUGUGUGUGUGCGAGCGCGUGUGUGUGCGCGUACGCGUUCAUGUGUACAUGUGUCCGUGUAUAUGGACAUGGAUCCUAGCCUGAGUACAUUCUGACUUUAAAAUUGCUAGAUGAAAAACAAUAUUACUGAUGGUAAAACAUGUGUGUCAUCCACAAUGCUGACAAACUUUAUGUUCCAGUGCAUACAUUGUCUAGAUGGACAGAAUUUAUUUAUCUUUACUCUUCUAAUCAACAAACCCUCAGAUUUAUUAGAUCAAAACUUGUUUUCCUUUUUAUGUGCAUGUAUUGAUGACCACACUGCUAACUACAUAUUGCUGAGAGCUUGUAGAGGUAUAUUUACAAGCCGAUAAUAUACCCACGUUAAUGUGUUGGAUGAACAGUUGUUGGUGAGCAGGUGGUACACAACAAAUACGAGCUUUCACCAUACAGCAAGUUUCAAUAUGGUAUACUGAAAAUACUUCUGGCAGUUUUAGCUUGAGAGUGGUGGGAGGCAUACUCAAAGACUCUGAGAGUGGAGGGAGGCAUACUCAAAGACUAUGAGAGUGGAGGGAGGCAUACUCAAAGACUAUGAGAGUGGCGGGAGGCAUACUCAAAGACUAUGAGAGUGGCGGGAGGCAUACUCAAAGACUAUGAGAGUGGCGGGAGGCAUACUCAAAGACUAUGAGAGUGGCGGGAGGCAUACUCAAAGACUAUGAGAGUGGCGGGAGGCAUACUCAAAGACUAUGAGAGUGGCGGGAGGCAUACUCAAACACUUUGCAGUUGCGACUUCGUCAAAUGUUUAUAGGGACGUAUACACCCUUAGAGACUGCUUGGAUUUGCUGUUUGAUUGUUAAACUGUUUGCUAGCUUCGUCCAGAUUCCAUAUAUGCAACAUCAUCAAAUAUGUGCAGGGAUGUACAAAUAUUUGUAAAUACAAACAAGUGAAAAUCGCAUGAAUUGUAAGGUUGUGGUGUGUAAAAUGUGUGUAUAAAUAUGUUUAUAGAAGAUAAUUUAUUUUUACUAUAUUUUUAACUAACUUUUCUUGUAUCAGUGCAUUUCAUCUGCAUAUUGUUGAUAACUCGAGAGCAUUUUGUGAUUUUAUUUGUCUCAGUGUUAUGUAUUUUUAACUUUUAUAUGUGUGAUAACAAAACAUAUUUUUAGCAAUAUUUUGUAUGUUACUGACUAAAUUGAUAUAAAUUGCAAAUUGUGUUCCGAAAGUGAUAACACUAAUGUUGGGGAUUAAUUUGUAACUAACCCUGCCAUUUAGAGAAAAAACAUAUUUCAGUUCUGUUUGCGUUAUACAUUUUUAAUAUAAUAAUAAUAAUAAUAAUAAUAAUAAUAAUAAUAAUAAGCAAUAAUAAUCAAUAAUGAGAUUAACGAGAAUAAUAAUGCCAACAAUAUUUUUAAAAUGUCUUUCUAUCCCACACUACAACCAUACAUAAAGUAAGACAUUACGUUGAAGGUGAAAUGAAUGUUUACCAUUCAGUGUAAUACUGAACAUUUACGUUUUAUUUGUGUAAAACAUUUAAUAUAAUAAAAAGAAAAAAGAAAGAUGAUGGUGAUGGUGGCAAUAAUACUACUAUUAAAAUAGAUAAUAACGUGUUGUGACAUCACCACCCAUCUCUCCUUCGGUGUGAUCAUCUCUCGAACAUUGUUCGAUUAUGUUAUUAAAGCUGAAGAUGGGUGUUGUUCAUGAUAACAAGGUUCAUUUUAGUCAGAAUUUUAUUUCGUUCAAAAUAUAAUUGUGAAGAAACGAAAGUGUAUUGUGUCACCAAAGAAAUGUAAGUGACAAACGUGAAAGAUAAGUGACAAACGUGAAAUAUAAGUGACAAACGUGCAGGUUGGUAAUUCAUUUGACAGUCUGUUUUUCAGAUACUCUGUGUAGCAAGAUAUCGGUACCUAUACUACUAAUACCUUGAUCAGGUACAGCCAAACCAGCCUCGGUACUUCAAUAAAAUAAUGUGCUCUAGUGGUGUCGUUAAACAAAACAAACUUCUUCCAUUGUUCUGAGAAGAGAGAUACGAUUUUGAAAAUGUUAAUAGUUUUCUUCUUCAGAUAUGUAUUUAAAGUACCUAGUAGUGUCACUUGACGGUGUAUAACAGACACACUCAGACAGCAGUUUGUAUUUAGGAUGAGUAACCCCUGCAACUAACCAAUGGAAUUUUCUUUCCGGAAUUUCCUAAUACUUUCAUUUUUAUCGUAACUCGAAUUUUUUUUUUUUUUUUUUACGGAAGUUACUUAAUAAUUGGUAUGGAAGAGACAUUAUUAUAUCUCUCAACACAAUGGUAUUUGUUCAGAAUUUAUUCUUGCAUUGCAUUCUUGCAUCGAAAUGUGUAGCCUAUAUAAAAUACAUGUUGUUUAGAGUAAAAAUGACCUCAUCUUUGUGUUGUCACUUUGUUAAUUUCCCCAGCUGCAUCCAUGUCGUUUAAUGUAUGUGUGAUAUUCAGAUUUCUAAGUUGUGGUGGUGACAGUUACCAUUAUACUGUGGAGAUGAUGUUGAGUUGACCUGUGAUGGUGGUUGCAGUCACGAUUAUACUGCUGAGGUCACCUGUGCUGGUAGUGGCAAUCACGGUUAUAGGGCCUGCUACUGAGAUGAUGUGCUGGUGGUGAUAGUCACCGUCAUACUGCUGAGAUGACCUGUGAUGGAUGCAAUUACCGUCAUACUGCUGAGAUGACCUGUGAUGGAUGCAAUUACCGUCAUACUGCUGAGAUGACCUGUGAUGGAUGCAAUUACCGUCAUACUGCUGAGAUGACAUGUGAUGGAUGCAAUUACCACCACACUGCUGAGAUGACCUGUGAUGGAUGCAAUUACCGUCAUACAGCUAAGAUGACCUGAGAUGGAUGCAAUUACCGUCAUACUACUAAGAUGACCUGUGAUGGAUGCAAUUACCGUCAUACUGCUAAGAUGACCUGUGAUGGAUGCAAUUACCGCCAUACUGCUGAGAUGACCUGUGAUGGAUGCAAUUACCGUCAUACAGCUAAGAUGACCUGAGAUGGAUGCAAUUACCGUCAUACUGCUAAGAUGACCUGUGAUGGAUGCAAUUACCGUCAUACUGCUAAGUUCACCUGUGAUGGAUGCAAUUACCGCCAUACAGCUAAGAUGACCUGUGAUGGAUGCGAUUACCGUCAUACAGCUAAGAUGACCAGUGAUGGAUGCAAUUACCGUCAUACUGCUAAGACGACCAGUGAUGGAUGCAAUUACCGCCAUACAGCUAAGAUGACCAGUGAUGGAUGCAAUUACCGUCAUACUGCUAAGAUGACCUGUGAUGGAUGCAAUUACCGCCAUACAGCUAAGAUGACCUGUGAUGGUGGCCUUUAAAAAAUCAUAAUAGGUAUAAUAUACCAUUGGUGUAGCAAGUAUGUUAUAGUGGGGGGAAGGGAACCACACUGUCUAAAAUAUAAAAGGUGGUGGAGAAAUAAAUGCUGUGAUUUGGAGUGGUCAAUAUAUGAAAUAAUUACCGUUCUGCUAGGACCUUAGGUACCAGUUUUAGUGUGAAAUAUUCAGCUGGAAUUGAAAUUGGAAUGUAAUGAUGUAUACUGUGGAACAGAAACAAUUUUGAUGUCAUUUUUAAUGGAUUUAUUUGCCGAAAAACUAUUUUUAUCAGGAACGUGAAAAUGUAAAUUCCAGAUUUGAGAAGGUUUUUUUUUUUUUUUUUUAGGGCAACGGCAUAACAGUAUAAUGUAAAUGGUAGCAUAGGUAUAAGGGUUGUAAAGGCAGUGCCAGUAGAUUCAAGUAUAUUGUUGCCUUAUACACGUAUAUGCAUAAGUUGAUAUAAUAAAGACAGUUAUUGAAA